UGAGCCUCAACAAUCUGUAUAUCAUCCGAUACUCCCUUCCCUGAAUAUCCCAGGAUACCUCCAUCUCUUUACGUUUUUGUGUCAUAACUCUUGAGAACAAGCCUACCAUGGACUCCGCGAAGAAAGCUGCUUCCGACGUAGCAGAAGUUGGCAAAGAGAUAGAGCAGAAGCUCAUCCUGUUAUGGGAUGAACUCGCACCUUGGCAGCAAGACAACCACUACAUCCAAUCUGGUUACCGAGCCCAAUCAAAUUCCUACUCCAAAUCCUGGAAGAGCCUUGGGUACUUGCACAACGAGACUGUAAACAUUUACUCACAUCUCAUCGGAGCUCUGUUGGCAGCCGUGUCGGGGGUGGUAGUAUAUCGCGAACUAGCCCCACGAUAUGAUACCGCUACCCAGGAGGACGUUUUUGUGUUCAUUUGCUUCUUUGCUGGGGCGAUUGCAUGUAUGGGUAUGAGCGGGACAUACCAUACCAUACAGAACCACUCCCACGAGGUGGCUAAGUGGGGUAAUAAGCUGGACUAUCUGGGCAUCGUGUUCUUGAUUUGGGGAAGCUUUAUCCCGGUGUUAUACUAUGCAUUUGGAGAGGAGCCGGAACUGAGGCGGACAUACUGGGCUAUGAUCACCACGCUCGCAGCAGGGACCUCCAUUGUCUGCACACAUCCCAAGUUUCGUACUCCAGCGCUCCGACCUUUCAGAGCGCUCAUGUUCGUGCUCAUGGGCUUGUCUGCUGUGUUUCCAGUCUUGCAUGGCAUUCGUCUGUAUGGUGUCGAGCAGUUACGGAAGAGCAUCGGACUUGAUUGGGUCGUUCUGCAAGGUGUCUUGUACAUUGCUGGCGCAGCACUCUAUGCCGCAAGGGUUCCGGAGAAGUGGAGUCCGGGAACAUUCGACAUUUGGGGCUCGAGUCAUCAGAUCUUCCAUGUGUUGGUCGUGCUUGCGGCAGCAAGUCAUCUCGUGGGGUUGGUAAAGGCUUUUGACUAUGAGCAUAGUCGGAGGAUUGGUGGCGUACGGGCCGCCACGGGAACCAAAGCGUGGUGGUAGAUCAAGAGAUUGUAAUGAAUGCUCAAGAUGGUGCAUGGUACAGCUCAAAUGCUUCCAACUAUGACUUCAGUUUGGUCAAUU